CCUCCUCGAUCUUUUCCUCUCGUCCCAAUCCAAAAUCCCCUCCGUUGUAUAUUUAUACGGGAUAAAGUUUAAACCUUUCGAAGAAUCUGAAGAUAAAUAUCGUUGCUUUUCGGUUCACGAGACGGAAGAAAAACCAAAAUUUUAUGCCCUUCCCUUUGAAAUCUCAAGCUCAUCUCAGUUUCCGACAGCCAUGGCUACUUUGACGAAGCUUCAAGUAUGCCCACGAAUCUUGGAGCAUCGUCUGAGUUCUAAAGACCAACAAAGAGUGGGAAAUCUCCGGUACAGUCCGAGAUUGAAACGUAGCAGGGUUUAUGUGUGUCGCUGCGACAGUGAAUCGGGGAAGAAAGAGAGGGAAUCCGAGAAAGCGAAGGAAAACGAGGGAAAGUUGGCGACAAGGGAAAAUGGGUUCUGGAAUUCUGUGAAAUCUGGGAUCUUGGGUGUUAGAAAGUUAGGGUUUUCGUCCAGGGAUGAUUACAACGAAAAAGUUGCAAACUUGGAGAAGGUUUUCUCUUCGAUUGCAAUUCAAAUUGGCAGAUACAUUGUGACCAUGACAAGCACUGGGGUGAUACUCUUGAUCGGUUUCCAAUUGUCAGGUGGGGAUUCUCAGAUGAACUCGUUGAUUUGGUAUAGCUGGCUCGGUGGUGUUAUCAUAGGAACCAUGAUAGGGGCCAACCUUGUUUUGGAGGAUCAUUACAGAGCCGGUCCGCGGAAUGUCGUGAUAACCGGGAGUACGAGGGGAUUAGGGAAAGCGCUGGCUCGGGAGUUCCUUCUGUCCGGAGACCGAGUGGUCGUGGCUUCUCGCAGUUCCGAGUCCGUUGGCUUGACGGUCAAAGAGCUCGAGGAGAAUCUGAAAGAAGCUAUGGUCAGUGCCAGUGAAUCUUCUCUAAAGAAACUGGCUUAUGCCAAGGUGGUGGGCAUUGCCUGUGAUGUUUGUGAGCCCGAGGACGUGAAAAAAUUGUCGGACUUUGCUGUGAACGAGCUCGGUUCCGUCAAUAUAUGGAUUAACAACGCUGGCACGAAUAAAGGGUUUAGACCAUUGCUUCAGUUCACCGACAAAGACAUCAGACAGAUUGUCUCGACGAAUCUGAUUGGUUCGAUUCUGUGCACUCGAGAGGCGGUGGACGUGAUGAGCAGCCAGACCAAUGGCGGGCAUAUUUUCAACAUGGAUGGCGCUGGUUCGGGUGGUUCUAGCACUCCUCUCACCGCUGUAUACGGGUCGACGAAAUGCGGGCUGAGGCAGUUCCACGGGUCCCUUUUAAAGGAAUGUGAAAGAACAAAGGUCGGUUUGCACACCGCAUCCCCUGGCAUGGUUCUGACCGAUCUUCUUCUGAGUGGUUCGAGUAUAAGGAACAAACAGAUGUUCAACCUUAUCUGUGAGCUUCCCGAAACCGUGGCGAGAACACUAGUUCCUAGAAUGCGAGUAGUCAAAGGCUCGGGUCGAGCCGUUAAUUACCUGACUCCUCCUCGGAUAUUGCUAGCUAUCGUCACCGCGUGGCUUAGGAGAGGCCGAUGGUUCGAUGACCAAGGACGGGCAUUAUACGCGGCGGAAGCGGAUAGGCUUCGGAACUGGGCGGAGAACCGGACAAGAUUCUCGUUCACGGACGCGAUGGAGAUGUACACCGAGAACACUUGGGUCUCCGUCUUCUCCCUCUCUGUCGUCUGCGCCUUCAUCAUCCUCUCCAGCACCACCGGAACCACUUUCCCCGGAACCUAAUCCCCGCCGCCAUUUCCGGUCUGACUCAAUUGUACGGACGUAAAUGAACAUCAUCAUCAUCAUCAUAAUUUGUUUGCCAUUGUUGAUGUAUCAUCCCUCAGAUCCUUUAGGUCAUUCGUUUCUGUACAGACAAAAGUGGUUUUUUGUGGUUUCUUGUAUGGAUGGAUAAUCACAGACCCAUAUAAUAGAUUCGGUGAAAAAACACACACAAGGAAUAUGAUAUAAUAUAUAUAUAUAUAUGUAUAUAUGUGUGUUUGUGUGUGGUAUGGAUAUAAAAGUUCAUUAGUGCU